CUUGUUCCACGCGUGUCCGUGCACAAGCUCGUCCACGGGAGCAGAGGGACCAAUUCUCCUCUUCUGAUGAAACAACGGCUCCAUUGCUCCUCUGCGUCUGUUUUUUUAAAUCAAUCAGUGAUGCGAAGGAGUGAGCGGGAGGAGUAACGGAAGGUUUUAUUUAAUUGCGUGUAUGUAUUUUUUUUUUUUUUACGUGGUGGACCUGCUGUGCGAAAAAGUCUUUUUCCACGUUUCAGCAUCAUUUUCAUCCACCCCGUGAUGAGUAGCUCCUGAAAGCAAGAAAAAGCCAAGAGGCGCGCUGAACAUCCUCAACGAGGUGCUGGUGUUCCGCGAGAGAAGUGAGGAGGGGGAUUGGAUGAGACAGGAAGCUCGUCAGGAUGCCAAGCUGUUAAUAUUGGACUUGGCAGCUCUCUACCAGGGAAUGGCUGACAGGCAGGCGCAACUGUCACAGUACAUAAGAGCCUUCCUGCACAACCGCAGGUUCUGUUGGAUGUGCUGUGGCCUGCCUAUGAUUUCUUCUCCUCCUGUUAAAAUCCGGUGGCAGAUAAAACCUGCACUUUCCACUGCUCUUGUUACCACCGAGCCCAGAGAGACAGCUCUAGUUUACAGCUAAAUCACAAGCUCCUGGUUUUGGCUCCCGCUCCAUCAUUAUUCUUCAGCAUCCUGUCAAUCACCAUGGCCUCUUUCCUGGCGUCUGCCUUUCUUUUGGUUCUCCACACGUAUGCUGGCGUUAGUUUGAACAGCAUGGAUCUCACCAGCAGUGAACAUGUGGUCUCUUCUCCUCCGCCGGGCACUAGCAGAAGAUGCCCACACAGUAUAAUAAUUGGGGUGCGCAAAGGCGGCACGAGAGCCCUCCUGGAAAUGCUAGACAUCCACCCCGAGGUUGCCGCUGCUGCAACUGAGGUGCAUUUCUUUGACUGGGAUGAGAACUACUCCAAAGGCUUAGAGUGGUACCGUGAGCUGAUGCCCUACUCAUACCCUUACCAGAUCACCGUGGAAAAAACUCCAGGGUAUUUCACAUCAGCUCUCGCACCAGAACGCAUAUGCGCCAUGAACUCAUCCAUAAAGCUCCUGCUGAUCUUGCGUGACCCGGCCGAGCGGGUCAUCUCUGACUACACCCAGGUGUACUUCAACCGACUGGAGAACCACAAGCCAGUGCAAGCCAUCGAGAACCUUCUAGUGCGCAACGGAGCCCUAAAUGUCCGCUACAAGGCCAUCCAGAGGAGCCUGUAUGACAUCCACAUGCGGAACUGGCUGCGUCACUUCCCCUUGGAACAGAUUCAUAUCGUGGAUGGGGAUUUGCUCAUUCACGACCCCCUGCCAGAGCUUCAAAAAGUGGAGCGCUUCCUCAACUUGCCUCCCAGGAUAGUUUCGUCCAACUUCUACUUCAACCAAACCAAAGGCUUUUACUGUAUUCGAAGUGACGGUCGAGAGCGAUGUCUGCAUGAGUCGAAGGGACGUCCCCACCCUGUGGUCAACAGUACUGUACUCCAACAACUCCGUUCUUACCUUCAGGAGCAUAACAGAACCUUCUUUAGGCUGGUGAAGCGUACAUUCAAUUGGCAAUAGGAGAGUGAAAGUGACGCCCAUAGCACUUUACAGAACUGACGUUUAAAGGGUCUAGAAAAAGUGUUCUAGCCUUUUCGAAGACUGAUUACGAACUGCGUUUACACAAUAUGGCAGAGUAAAUGGAAACAUCUUCAAGUUGAAUAUAUGUUUUAUGAAGCGGUAAACUGCUUUUUUUCCUUCUCUGUCUUGUUUGAUAUUCUUGUUCUU